AUGGACCCACUUAUUUCUCAGCAUUUCCUUUCGCUUCCUCGUCCGGAUGUCUUACAGCCCUCUCAAGCGGGUGUGGUCGAUACCACUACUCUUGCCGCGCACGAUUUCGACGUCGAUACCCGAACAGGAUUUAUGCCCCCUGAAGCCCCGCUUCAGCGCUUGCCGGAGCAAUGGCAGUCAUGGGAGGUCUUACUCGACUCGGCGCAGGCGCAAAGACUGAAACUGGGGCGGGAUGAAACAACGACGUACGAAGAUAUGGUUAAAUCGGAGUCAUGGCGUAUCCGUGUCCGACAGCUUUCGGAGUUAUCUACCUCGGACCUGAACAGCUCAGAACAACUCCUUCGAAGAGCACAUCAUGUCCUCGCAUGGAUCAUGCAUUUCUACAUCCAUACCUUAUCCCCCGACUCCGACGUUCGCAUCCCUUCCUCCAUCACCAUCCCCCUCCUUACGAUAUGCGCACAACUUCAACUCCCACCCGUUCUUACCUACUCCGACGACGUCCUCUACAACUGGGCGCUUAAGGAGCAUACGCCACCCGGAACUUUGCCCAAUCUAGAUAACAUUCGGUGCCUCACUCUUUUCACCGGAACGAAGGACGAGGAGGAGUUUUACCUCUCCAGCGCGCGCAUCGAGCUUCGUGGCGUCGAAGCUCUCGACCUCAUGCGAGCUACCAUGGACGAACUCUUCGUGGGCGACAGUAUCGCCCUCCGUCGUAUCGUACGCUACCUUCGCUCGCUAGCAACGGUGAUCGACGACCUCUCCAGAGUCCUCCUUACUGUCCGCGAUGGGUGCUCGCCCGACGUCUUCUACCGCGACAUCCGGCCUUGGUUCGCGGGCCACGACUCCGGGAAACAAAAGUGGCACUUCGAAGGCCUGGAGGAUCACCCAGAGCUCACGUAUCCCACCGAGCUCUCUGGACCCAGCGCAGGCCAGAGCUCCCUCGUCCAUGCUAUCGAUAUUUUCCUAGGCGUCGAUGAGUACUCGCAUUCCGACUCCCUCACGGGUCAUUACGGGUCGAAGCCCUCGGUGGCGGCGUCUGGGUCGGAGCAGAAGAAGCUUGCGUUCCUGGAGAGAAUGCAGCUGUACAUGCCCCGCCACCAUCGUAAUUUCCUUCGUCAUCUGUCCUCUGACCCUCGCCCGCUCCGGGAGGCAGUAGAGCGCAGCAGUGGGCGCGUUGGACAGGAGCUCCGCGAGGCUUAUAACGCUACCGUCCGGUCGAUGAAGGCGUUUCGGGACGCUCACAUGAAAAUCGUGGCUUUGUAUAUCAUCGGACCUUCGAGGAGGUUCAACGUUCCUGGACAAGACACGAAGACUACGCCCCCAGCAACCACUAUUGAGGAUGAUGGGACGGCAGUGCUCAAGGGCACGGGUGGAACUGACUUGGUCAGGUUCUUGAAAGGCGUGCGGGAUAGGACGGCUGGUGCAAUUAUUGAGAAGCGACCCGGCUCGAGCUCGAGCUCGUCAUCUUCCACCUAA